CGGCACUCAACACCAUGAAUCUACGUAACCAGAACCAGCACUUUUUUGCCGUCACAAGUGAAGGCUGGUUAAAAAGGUUCCUAGCAUCGCUAACUGUCGUGCUUGGGCUACUUGGUGACUUUUAUUAAAAAAGUUAAAAAGCAGGUGUUUUAAGCCACUUUUGACUUUCCUUGUCAAUUAUCUGUUUCUGGACACAAAAAAGCAUUAUAACUCAGUAACAAGUUCAUAAACUGUUCAUUAUCAAGUUGAUACAGCUCACACAACUUUCUUUCAAAUUGCAUUACAUUUCUUUCGAUCGUGUUUCGUGUUUCUUGUAAACUGUGAAAUAAUUCACCAAGGCUGAAUCAGUCGAGUUCGGACUUUUACAUACUGCGUUUUUUUAUCGAGUCUCGAUUCAUUUUGUAAACAUGCGCGCGUACAACAAAUCUAGAAUUGUGGGACAGUUAUUGUUUGUCGCUUUGGGAAUUACUUUUAUUUAUUACUUGUUUACUCCGUCUGUAAGCCAUAGUAAUGCUGUGAAGCCUAAGGCCCGAAAGGCAGAUAUAAACUCAAUUAACGUAUACGACAUGAAUGAAAUUACUGCGAGUGCAAACGCCCGCGAAAAUAAAGAAGAAGUCCUUAUAUUAUCACCCAUUGCUCGCUUUUAUCCUGAGUACUGGAAAAAUUUACUAAAGCUUUCGUAUCCACGAAAUUUGAUUACUCUCGGAUUUAUUUUGCCUUCUACGAGAGAUGGUACCAAAAUUCAUCGCGACUUGCGAGCUGCCGUUCAAUCUGUCCAGAAGGGACCUAUAUCUGAACGGUUUGCCGAUGUUAAAAUUAUGAUCCAAGAUACUGGUUUAUCUUCAGGACAAUCGGAAAAGCAACGUCAUGAACGCGAAGUGCAGAAGGAACGCCGUUCGAAACUUGCCUCUGCUAGAAAUGCACUUUUGUUUUCAGCUUUGGGACCCAAGACGUCCUGGGUGUUGUGGUUAGAUUCGGAUAUUAUCGAAACUCCACCAACUUUGAUUGAAGAUAUGACUCAAUUCAAUAAGGACGUGCUCGUCGCAAAUUGUUUCCAACGCAAAGGAGAGAAGCUAGUUCCUUAUGACUAUAAUAGCUGGAUAGAUUCAAAUGUAGCCAAAGAACUUGCCAGUAAAAUGAGCAAAGACGAUAUUUUAUUGGAGGGAUAUAUAGAGCUUCCGACAUAUCGUACGUUAAUGGCUCAUCUCCACGACGAAAAUGGUGACCAAAAAACGUUGAUGAGAUUGGAUGGCGUAGGUACUACUGCUUUAAUGGUGAAAGCUGAAGUCCACAGAGAUGGAGCUGUUUUUCCCACUUUUCCCUUUUAUAAUCUAAUUGAAAGUGAGGGAUUUGCAAAGAUGGCAACACGAUUAAACUAUGAAGUUUUUGGUUUGCCGAACUACUUGGUUUUCCAUUAUAAUGAAUAAGGAGAUAUAUUUUAUCCUUAUUUAUUUCUAAUGAGUUUUAUUUCUCUGAGUUUUACUAAAAAGGAAAAAGACAGUUGUGAAAUUCUUCUUGCCCAUGUUCUCGUCCGCUGUGCAGAAAUUAAAUGUAUAACCACUUCACUAUCGUUCUUUUUACCUUCUUUUUUUGGUAAACUUUUGUAUUGUAUAUGGAUUUACGCGAUUUAAUUGGAACGUUGCUUGUUUCUGGGGCAUUAUGAGUUUACGAAUAAGACCUCUUCGAAAUGUGUUGGUUACUCUGUUCCUUAAACCAUACUAUAAAUUUCUUUCUUUUUCCCUUGGUGAUUUACCGUAUCUAUAGUUGUUACUUUUAUCCUUCGACUGCUUAAAUUACAAUUCUUUUAUUGGAUGUUUUUCUUUCUGUUUUACUUGAAUGAUUACUUGUUUCAUUCUAUUCUUAUUUGUGUUAACUUGGCUUGCACGGAAAAAAAAACUAAUGAUUACUAGCCUUUUCUAUUCAUUUCAUUAGAUAGUUUGUAAUUCGAGAAAGGCCAUUUGUAAGCCUUCCUAUAGAUUAAUAUGUAGAAGUGAAUUAACAAGGAUAGUAUCCCCGUUUUACUCAUCUA